UUAGUUUUGUGAAAUAAUUAUUAAACAAACAUGACUCAACGAUCUGUAACAACAUCGUCUGUAAUCAGUAAGCCAUUUCAAUCAAAAACAUCCCUCAUAGCAGGUUUACACAAAGGAAGCAUGUUAUUUCGGAUAGGCAAAAGUGGAUUCAAGGUUCCAAGAUAUCAAAAUACUUAUCGCCUUGAACCUUAUAAACCUUUCCAAUGUGAAGUUGUCGACAAAAUCUUAAUUAAUGUGAUGCGGAGAUAUUUAAUUAGCUUAAAAUACGAACCCGAGUUUUGCAUGCAAAUUUGCAAGGAAAUAUCAACAGAAGUGUGUGAAAAAAUUUGCAAGAAAUUCUAUGAUCGAUACAAAAUUGUAGUUUUCAUGUCAAUUGUUCAAAAGUUGGGACAAAGCGUACAAAUCGAUUUUGGCAAGUUAUGGGAUGUUCAGAGAGAUACGUACUCAACCUAUACAAUUGAGACUGCGGAAUUUAUUGCAACGGGUCUCGUCGUAGGAAUUUAUUACGAAUAAACGUGUUUUCCAAUCGAUGAAAUUGUAUUGUAUAUACGUUAUAUUGCAUAUAAUCAAUAAUUUCUAACAUAUCUUGAGUUGUACAAAAAUAAAGAGAAGAAAAUAGAGGAAAGAUCAAUCCGGACACAAACUAGAUUAUGUGUUUCACGUUUUCUUUAUUGUUAUUAAAUUAAUAUAUAUCAUUCGUAUAUAUAUAUUUAUAUAUUUAUAUAUUUAUAUAUUUAUAUGUGUAUGUAUAUAACAGCGACAAGUACAAUGUAUCGUUAUGAUUAUUAAUAAUAAUCGUAAUCGAAGGGCACCGACUAUAGUGAAAACUGAGGGCGAGGUAAUCAUUGUAAUGAUAUUAACAACGGCAAUUAUAAUAAUAAUGAUAAUGGUGAUGAUAACAAUAAUAAUAAAGUUGAUCGAUCUUUAAUCAAUACAGUCGUAUAUUUCCUUAAAGUCUGUCCUUAAUUCUUAUAUCGCGCUUUUAUAGAUACAGGGAUACAGAAAAAUAAUACCGCGCGGCCGUGGUGGAAUGUUCUUAAGUGGCUUAUAAUACAAGGUGGCAAUUAGAAUGCUGUUGAAACAAUUUGAUUGUUAUUCCGCCAACGAAUGCGUAGAAUGAAAAAAGUACAAAAAAAAAACCAAUUUUAUAAAACUGUCAUUUUUAUCACAAAAAUUGUAUGAAGUAAUUUAAC